UGUCCCUCAGACACAGCAGAUCACGGAAAGUGCUGAAGAUGUCGGCUCGGUCAUGUGAUCAGUUGUGGCACUGAUGAUCAGUGUGCCCUGAUGAUCAGUGUGGCCCCAGAAGUGCCACCUGUCAGUGUCCAUCAGUGCAAGCAGUCAGUGCUCAUCAGUGCCACUUGCCAGUGCCCAUCAUUGCGACAUCAAUGCCACAUAUCAGUGCAUACCAGUGCACAUCAAUGCCACAUAUCAGUGCCCAUCUGAGCUGCCUUUCAUGGUCACCCAUCAGUGCCAGUCAGUGUCACCUAUCAAUGCCAAUCAGUGCCACCUAUCAGUGCUGCCAAUUAGUGCCACCUAUCAGUG